AUGCCUGAGGGCACCUUUGUGGGCUCAAUCGACCAGGGCACGACAAGCACCAGAUUCUUGAUAUUCAACCGCGAGGGCGAGCCAGUAGCAUCGCAUCAAGUCGAGUUCAGCCAAAUCUACCCAAACCCGGGCUGGCAUGAACAUGACCCCCUCGAGAUCGUAACCUCAGUAGAAACCUGCAUCGAAGAAGCCGUCCAGAAGUUCGAGGCGCAAGGCCACACCCGAGGCAGCAUCAAGAGCAUCGGAAUAACCAACCAGCGCGAAACAACCAUAGUCUGGGACCACGAAACUGGAGAACCCCUGUACAAUGCCAUUGUAUGGACCGACACACGGUCUCAGGCAAUUGUUGCGGAACUGAAACGGAAACCAGGGGCAGCGCAACUCCAGACACGUUGCGGUCUGCCGUUGUCAACCUACUCAUCGGCUACAAAGUUGCUCUGGAUGUUGGCACAUGUCCCAAGAGUGAAGGAUGCAUUUGACCGUGGCACAUUGGCGUUUGGUACCGUUGAUGCUUGGCUAGUAUACCGUUUGAACGGUGGCGUGGCUGCCAACGUCUUUGUCUCGGAUUCGACAAACGCUUCGCGGACCAUGUUUGUGAACUUGAAGACGUUGCGGUAUGACGAGACGCUUCUGGACUUUUUUGGGAUCAGGGGGAAGGUUCAUCUGCCUAGGAUUGUGCCCUCGUCUGAUGCGACAGCAUAUGGGGUCGUUGCUUCUGGGGCUUUGGCGCAGGUUCCGAUUAUGGGCUGUCUGGGAGACCAGUCUGCGGCCUUGGUUGGGCAGAAGGGGUUCUCGCCGGGAAUGGCCAAGAACACUUAUGGCACUGGGUGCUUCCUCUUGUACAACGUUGGCGACAAGCCGGUGUUCUCGACACAUGGAUUGCUGACUACGGUGGCUUACCACUUUGGUGGGAAGCCUAUCUAUGCCCUUGAGGGGAGCAUUGCUGUUGCUGGAUCCGGCAUCAAAUUCUUGCAGAAUAACUUGAAUUUCUUCCAGGAGUCUAAAGAUGUCAAUGACCUUGCCUACUCGGUGGAUGACAAUGGCGGAUGUGUGUUUGUCACUGCCUUCAGUGGACUGUUUGCACCUUAUUGGAUUGAUGACGCGAAAGGCACAAUCUUUGGGAUCACCCAGUACACCCAAAAGGGUCAUAUCGCACGCGCUACCCUGGAGGCAACAUGCUUCCAGACUAAGGCCAUUCUCGACGCCAUGGAGAAAGACAGCGGUCAUACACUCUCCGAACUGGCUGUAGAUGGGGGUAUGAGUAACUCAGACUUGGCAAUGCAGACUCAAGCAGAUCUGAUAUCCAUCCCUGUCUACCGCCCCGAGAUGCGAGAGACUACAGCUCUCGGUGCAGCAAUUGCAGCCGGUCUUGCUGUUGGACUUUGGCGCAACUUUGCCGAGCUACGCGAUAUCAAUCGCUCUGGUGGUGCCGUCUUCGAGCCCCAGGUCUCGCGAAAGGAGAGCGCUGCUAAAUUCAGACAAUGGGAAAAGGCUGUGCAGAUGAGCAGAGGCUGGGUGGGAUCUAAGAGUAUCGAGCAAGAAGAGGCUGUUGCUCCGACCAACCAGACACAUGCACCGGCGAAGAGUCAUAAUCUCCCUACACACAAGGCAACAUCAAUUUCGACUGAUUCUUUGUUCUCCGAUGUGGUUAAGAGCUUUACAUACACCACAGCUGUCAAGGGAAGGGCUCGUGUCUUGGUCAAGGAGAUCGAAGUCCCACCUCCAUCUGUACAGACAACACUGGGAAGUGCUUUGGGUGAUUUGGAUGAUGCCGACGAAGAGGAUUUGUGCUUGGAGUUGCGAAAGGUCGAGAUUUUGCAAAGACUUAGGAAACUACGGAAGUAG